AUGACCCAAAAUCUCAGUUCUCGUCCUUUCGGAGUCGACAUAGGAAACUUGGAAUUGAGACAGUGCGUUCCUUUUACUAUCAAGUAGAAGUAGUUCCAGUUUCAACGCGAGUAAAGAGCUAUUCAACUCGUCCUCCUCGCGAAAGAAAGAAACUCCAGCGAAAUCCCUUUGAAAGAAGAAAAGAAUUUCUCCGGUCUCCCGAGGACAGAAUCCAGAGAGAAAUGGAGGAUGAGAAGAACAAUGGUAGUAGUAGUAAUAACAGUGGUAUAUGCAAUCUGGAGAUGAAUAAAGCAGAUAAGUCGGUCUGGUUGAUGAAGUGCCCAUUAGUUGUUGCUAAGUCAUGGCAAUCUCACUCAUCUGAUCCUAACCCAGUUGCCAAAGUAGUCCUCUCUGUUGAUCCCCUUCUUGCUCCUGGAGAUCCAGAUUCUGUUCAGUUUACGAUGGAGUUGGCUGGCAGUGAUAAUCCGAAUAUGCCGAAGAGUUAUGCUUUGAACACGUUUAAGGAUUUUGUUCCAAUGUGUAUUUUCUCUGAGACUAAUCAAGGAAAGGUUUCGCUCGAAGGUAAAGUGGAACAUAAGUUUGACAUGAAGCCUCAUAACGAUAACUUUGAGGAGUACGGUAAAAUCUGUCGUGAAAGAACUAACAGAUCUAUGAUAAAAAACAGGCAAAUACAGGUGAUUGACAAUGAUCGUGGGGCGCACAUGAGGCCAAUGCCUGGAAUGAUUGGGCUUGUAUCAUCCAAUCCUAAGGACAACAAAAGAAAACCAGUGCCAGUCAAGCCACAAGAGAUUAAAAGAACACGAAGGGAUCGUGGUGAAUUGGAAGAUAUUAUGUUUAAGCUUUUUGAGAGGCAACCAAACUGGACACUGAAGCAGUUGGUCCAAGAGACUGAUCAGCCUGCGCAAUUUUUGAAAGAGAUAUUGAAUGAGCUGUGCGUCUACAACAAGAGAGGAGCAAAUCAAGGAACCUAUGAGCUUAAGCCAGAGUAUAAGAAAUCUGCGGAGGAUGCAGCUGACUAAAUGCAUCCAUUUUGCAGAUCGUAUUUUGUUAGAGUGUGCAGUGCAGUUAAGAGUUCACUGGGGGUUUAAGUGAACGAAGUGUUGGUUUGGCCCCAACUUUAGAGGGCUUUAUAUUUUAGUUCUUAAAAGCAGUUUUUCAACACGCACCCCUUGAAGCCCCCAAGUAGAACUUCCAUGAGGAUAAUCCCCUUGCUAAUUACAUCAUCCUCUGAAAAGCAUGGCUGGCUCAGUAAUAGUGUAUUACAUAUGACACUUAUAAGGCUAAUUGUAAUUUUAAUAUAUGGAUAUUGCUAGAAAAAUUCAACUUCUAUUGUGCGUAAUGUACAUAGUAGAAAGUUUCUAAGAAACUUCGG